AUGGGAACGGAUAAUACCGAUUGUAUGCUGCUUCUUGCGGCAGAAGCUUUUCAAUCUAAAAACUUCGGGCUCGCCGCGGACAUAUACGAAUGCCAACUGCUGAACCUCUGCGACCCAAGUACGCAGCAACAUCUCUUGGUGAAACGGGCGGAUGCCCUGGCAUUUGCUGGCAAAUUGACCGAUGCCUUCGAGAUCUACCGAAAAGCCGCUGAAAUCGAGAGACUACGACCAGUCCAUCUGGAUAAUCUUAUUGAAUAUCUCUCUAACAGUAUUAAAAGACAAGAUGGGACAGACAGUCAAAACAACAGGCAGGAGACACGCUCUGAUUGCGUUGGAUAUGAUGCAUUUACCUGCAAAAUAUGUUAUGGAUUUCUAUACGAGCCAGUUACCUUGCCUUGUGGACACAGCUUUUGCAAAAAGUGCCUGGACAAAGAAAAAAUGCCUGUCUGCUGCAAAGAAUGUAAUGACAGAAGGCACACCAAACUCAAUGAUGUGGACAAUUAUAGAGUAAAUGUUGUUCUUAGUAACUUGUUGUCAAAGUGGUUUCCAGUUCAAUUACUUGCUGUUCAACUGAGACGUGAGGGGAAUGGACUAUAUUCAGAUAAAAUAAUGGAUGCUACUUUGGAAAAAUACAACGAAGCAAUACAAAUAGGUAUGGUAUUUUAACUUUUCAUUUAAACUAAUUCUAAAUUCAAUUAAACAUCUGAAAUGGAUGGCCUAUAUCUUAUGCAAUGUUGCAACAGUAUGUAGGCUUCUGUUUCCAUGGGCUGGUUUUAAUUGACAGCUGAAUCCGCAGGUGUGUGAUGUAACGUCCGUGUGGUGUAAGCUGCUCUACAUUUGAGAAAUUCUGUGGGGAAAUUAUUAUAACAAUGUAUCCUGUUUAUUACUAGGCUAUAAAUGUCCCCUUAAUUCAGAGACAUUCAUGCUUAUGACAUACAUGGGAAGAUGUAUGGAGGGUGAUUAGGGCCAGUUCGAAACUGCUAAAUAGGAAUGUGAAAUAAUAAAUCCCUUUUUAUUUUCAUAUCAGUGCGUAUGAUUCAUGCUACAAUUAAAUUGCAAAGUUUAAAAUGAAAUCCAAAAAGGUUAAAGGAAAAUUGUAAAUGGUAAACAUAAAUUCUAAAUAAAAAUAGUAAACGGAAGAAGCCAAAUGGUAAACAGAAAUUCGUAAAUGCAAUGUGCAUAGUGAGAUUGAAAUACCUAUUUUCAUUUUUCAACUACCCAAUUCAGCAUUCUCUUUUCAAUUAAUAUUUUCAAAGUGUAUGCACAUUUCUUCUUGGAGGCGUGAACCAGGAGAGCACCACCACACCCACAUGUAGUAGUACAUCCUAGCCAUGCUGUGUUGUAGAUUGAUUUGAGACUAGUGUAACCAACACCCGGUGCGAACCCAGGUCUUUUGCGCACCAAAAAAAGCAUAGGCGUACUAAGCUGAAGCCUAGGCAUUGACUCUGGGAGCCAAUGCAACUCUUCAGGUCUCAGGCAAGGUUAGGCCUAGUCAUCAUGCAUGUGUGGUAACUGAACCACCCCAGUUACCGAUCACCAUCCUUUGACCUCCUCCUCCUCCUCCUCCUCCUCCUCCUCCUCACAGAGACCCAUCUGAGUCAUGGCACAAAUAUGAUUGACAGGGUUCAAACAAGUGUCUUCUGCACAUCAGAAGAGCACAUUAGUACGCUAAACCAACGCUUAUAGCCAAAUCUUAAGGUAUCAGGUAAGGUUACUCAUCAUGCGAACAACUAGGAAAAAAGUGGUUCGGUGACCACACACGUGAUGAGUAACUUUUCAGAGUGUUGAGUAACUUUGCCUGAGACCAGAAAGAUUGCUUUGCCUCCUAGGAUUUGGCUUAGCAGGCUCAUAUGUUCUUCUGGUGUACAGGACACCAGGUUCGAACCCCGUCGGUUACACUAGUCUAAAAUGAAUGCACAGAGAGCGUGUCAUGUUUCUCUCCUGGUUCACGCCUCCAGGAAGUAAUUUGCAUACAUUUUACAAAUUAAAAGAGAAACGAGAAUGCUCAAAUGGGCAAUUGGAAAAUGAAAAAAGCCACUUUCCAUUUCAUUUUGAACAUUGCAUUUACCAUUUUCUGUUGACCAUUUUCAUUUAGAAUUUCUGUUUACCGUGUCAUGAAUCAUGUGCACUGAUAUGAAAAUAUGAAGGCAUUUAUCAUUUCCACAUUUCAAUUGAGCAUUUAAGCAUUUUCAAACUGGCACUGAUCACCCUACAUACAGAUGGGCGUGUGAAGGUUGAAUAAGAUGUUAUGUAGGCUAGGGGACCAAACAUUGCUUAAGGUAACAAACAGUAAAACAAAUCUAGGUCAAGGGUAGUAAAAGUUAAACAGCAGACACAGUUGUAUUGGUUUCACUCUCGUGUGCCGCACUGAUAUUGUUAUUGAUUAGAGAUAUACGCUACCGGUCAAAAGUUUUAGAACACCUACUCAUUCAAGGGUUUUUAUUUAUUUUUACAAUUUUCUACAUUGUAGAAUAAUAGUGAAGACAUCAAAACUAUGAAAUAACACAUGGAAUCAUGUAGUAACCAAAAAAGUGUUAAACAAAUCAAAAUAUAUUUUAUAUUUGAGAUUCUUCAAAUAUUCACCCUUUGCCGUGAUGACAGCUUUGCAGACUCUUGGCAUUCUCUCAACCAGCUUCAUGAGGUAGUUACCUGGAAUGAAUUUCAAUUAACAGGUGUGCCUUCUUAAAGGUUAAUUUGUGGAAUUUCUAUCCAUCUUAAUGCGUUUCAGCCAAUCAGUUGUGUUGUGACAAGGUAGGGGGAGUAUACAGAAGAAAGACCUAUUUGGUAAAAGACCAAGUCCAUAUUAUGGCAAGAACAGCUCAAAUAAGCAAAGAGAAACGACAGUCCAUCAUUACUUUUUUAUUUUUAUUUUUUGUACCUUUAUUUAGCUAGGCAAGUCAGUUAAGAACAAAUUCUUAUUUACAAUGACGGCCUACACCGGCCAAACCCGGACGACGCUGGGCCAAUUGUGCGCCGCCCUAUGGGACUCCCAAACACGGCCGGUUGUGAUACAGCCUGGAAUCGAACCAGGGGGUCUGUAGUGACGCCUCAAGCACUGAGAUGCAGUGCUUUAGACCACUGCACCACUUGGGAGCCCAAAACUUUAAAACAUGAAGGUCAGUCAAUACGGAACAUUUCAAGAACUUCGUGCAGUCGCAAAAACCAUCAAGCGCUAUGAUGAAACUGGCUCUCAUGAGGACCGCCACAGGAAUGGAAGACCCAGAGUUACCUCUGCUGCAGAGGAUAGGUUCAUUAGAGUUACCAGCCUCAGAAAUUGCAGCCCAAAAAAAUGCUUCACAGAGUUCAAGUAACAGACACAUCUCAACAUCAACUGUUCAGAGGGGACUGUAUGAAUCAGGCCUUCAUGGUGAAUUCCUGCAAAGAAACCACUACUAAAGGACACCAAUAAUAAGAAGAGACUUGCUUAGGCCAAGAAACACGAGCAGGAAAUGUGUCUUUUGGUCUGGAGUCCAAAUUUGAGAUUUUUGGUUCCAACCGCUGUGUCUUUGUGAGACGCAGUGUGGGUGACCGGAUGAUCUCUGCAUGUGUAUUUCCCACCGUAAAGCAUGGAGGAGGAGGUGUGAUGGUGUGGGGUUGCUUUGCUGGUGACACUGUCUGUGAUUUAUUUAGAAUUCAAGGCACACUUAACAAGCAUGGCUACCACAGCAUUCUGCAGCGAUAUGCCAUCACAUCUGGUUUGGGCUUAGUGGGACUAUCAUUUGUUUUUCAACAGGACAAUGACCCAACACACCUCCAGGCUGUGUAAGGGCUAUUUUACCAAGAAGGAGAGUGAUGGAGUGCUGCAUCAGAUGACCUGGCCUCCACAAUCUCCUGACCUCAACCAAAUUGAGAUGGAUUGGGAUGAGUCGGACCGCAGAGUGAUGGAAAAGCAGCCAACAAGUGCUCAGCAUAUGUGGGAACUCCUUCAAGACUGUUGGAAAAACAUUCCUCAUGAAGCUGGUUGAGAGAAUGCGAAGAGUGUGCAAAGCUGUCAUCAAGGCAAAGGGUGGCUAUUUGAAGAAUUUCAAAUAUAAAAUAUAUUUUGAUUUGUUUAACACUUUUUUGGUUACUACAUGAUUCCAUAUGUGUUAUUUCAAUAUUUUGUUGUCUUCACUAUUAUUCUACAAUGUAGAAAAUAGUACAAAUAAAGAAAAACCCUUGAAUGAGUAGGUGUUCUAAAACCUUUGACCGGUAGUGUACUUCUUCAAAUGUUGAACAACAAUUAUCACUUUCAACAAUAAUCCAAAAUCUGCACAUUUUCACUGUGAACUAAAGAAAACUAGUCUUGUGUGACAUAGAAUGAUGGUUUAAUGAAUAGAUUAUCAGUUUCAGCCCCUAUUUCAAUUUCUAUUGAAUUUGACCAUGUACAGUUAUAGUUCUGGUACAAAGUAAAUCUCUGUCUAUCCAAGUAAAUAUAUGUUUUAUUUAUUUUCCAGCUCCACGGGACCAUGUGCUGUACAGCAACCGAUCACAGAUCAAUUCCAGUCUGAAGAAUUACGAGGAUGCACUUCAUGAUGCAGAGAUGGCAUGCAAACUCAUGCCUCUUUGGUCAAAGGUGAGGGUUGGACUUUUUCCUCAAUGUUUAAUUUAGAUCUACCAUCAGAGCUUCACAAUGCAAUAUAAUGGUAUGGUUGUUCUGAUUACUAAACAUGUGUUUAUUUUUCUUCCAGGGACAUAUUAGAAAAGCACAAGCUUUAGUCAGUCUGGGAAAAUGUGAAGAAGCGUUAAGAGAGUACCUGGUCGUCAUUACAUUAGAUCCUGAAAGUAAACUGGCAAAAAAGGAAGCGGAAAAGCUUCUGAGUGAUCUUCUGUCCCCUGUCACUGAUCAAGUACACAACAGAAUCCUGGACGGCACAAGUCUACUAUCUUCCAGAAAUAAAAUUAAAGGUGGCAUCCUGAACACCUCAACCUCAAGCUGCAACACCACCACUUCCUCCAAGUCUUACAAGGUAAGAGAAAUCCUCCAUCUUUUAGGUUUUUAAAUAUAAUAAAGUAUUAUCAUCUAGUGCAUUGAGUUGAAAUCAUGAACUAAUUUAAAUGUCCUAUCAUCACCUUUCUCACAGGAUUACAAGAAUAUCAUCGCCUCUGAUGAGAAGUUGACAUCGUAUGUCUGCCAUCCCACCGUCAUCGACAGGAGCGUCUUCCUCAAACGCAAACGUAGCUCGUCCGAGGACAGCCAAGUGGAUAGUAGUGACACCUGCAAGUGCUCCAAAUCUGGUAAGUUUUAAGACUUUUUGUCUCGCUUCUUAAAAUGCCCUUCAAUUCAAUGGAGCUUUAUCGGCAUGAUAUUUACUAUAAGGGAAGCAGUUGUUGAGAUUCACUAUCUUAACUCAAAUGUUUCUCCUCCUUAACAGAAGUGACCCAGAAUGAAGAGGCGACUUCCUGGAGUACAGUGCUUUCUGACCUCAUAGACCCGACUGACCUGGAGUGUUCUCUUUGUAUGAGGUGAGAACAUCUCCAUGCAGCCAUCCAUCCGUGACAAAACUUGUAGCUGAAUUGUAGUAUUUUCCACUUUGCGAAGGAUAGUAAUAUAGUAUUCUGCUUUUGAAUCAGAUUUUCUAUGAUUACUGAAACUCCUUUUCUCAUAGCCUCACAAAAGUCAUAGUUAUUUUACAAGUGAACACAAUAUAUUCAUCUUCCUUUCUGAUAGUAUGAAGCAAUAAAGAUUCAGUAUGAAGCAAUAAAGAUUAAUAGGUAAACAUUUAGCCUUUUUUUCAUGCUUAUAGCCUACAUUUAAUUAUCAAACAAUGUAAUGAAAAUGCAAUGAGCUAUAUGUAAAUAAGAACCUGAAAGUAAUCAAUAAUAGAGUAGCGAGAGACAUUGUACCACUCUAUUGUACAAUAUUGUGUCCUUUCUCUCCAUGGUAUACCCUAGGCUCUUUUAUGAACCAGUCACCACUCCUUGUGGCCACACCUUCUGUCUGAAAUGCCUUGAGCGAUGCCUGGACCACAACCCCAAGUGUCCCCUCUGCAAGAUGGAGCUGGAAGAGUAUCUGGCAGAAAGUAAAUACAACAAGACUGUCUUGAUGGAGAACCUCAUCUGCAAGUAUCUGCCAAUCGAGCUCAUGGACAGGCAGAAAGUCAACGCGGAGGAGAUUGCAGAUUUAUCCAAGUAAGAUUAAAAGCAGCAUACAGACAUUAUCCGAUUGCUUCCGUACUGUGUAACAAUGACAUCAGAAACUUUAUAAAAUGUUACUUCAUCUGUAACUUUGGAUGUAUUAUAUCCUCAAACCUUCUUCUUUUGCAGUCUAAACAAGAACGUGCCUAUAUUUGUUUGCACCAUGGCCUUCCCCACCGUUCCAUGCCCUCUUCACAUCUUCGAGCCCUGCUACCGGCUGAUGAUCCGCAGGUGUAUGGAGAUGGGUACCAAGCAGUUUGGAAUGUGCCUCGGCGAUAACCUCAAAGGGUGAGUAAAGCCUGGAGAAAGCAGAGAAACAUUGUGUUUUGUGUUCCUUAGUCAGGCAGGGGAUAUCGGUGCCACCUGGCAGUAAAUUUGAAUAGCUGCUUGAGGGCCUUAGGCUAUUAUCAGAGCUGAGCAGGUUUUACACGUUGUAUUGCAGCGUAUCCCAAACUCAGUCCUGGGGAGAGGUCUUCUCAGGUCCAAAAAGUUGUGCCCAUUCAGAAAUUGACCCGGGGCUUUCCUCCCAGGACCCUACCCGAUACAUUUAUGUUUUAAAUAUGGAGACCCGGUCCGAAUGGAUCCGAGGACAACCAGACCCGGCCCGUAUAGAGCCAGUCGGGUCCAGAUCCAGUCCCGAUCAGAGUCAGGGAAGCAGCAGAAGAUAUACAUUUUUAGCUACGUUAUUAACUGAAGCUGUUAAUGCACACACUGAGGAAUAGAGGAACGGAGCUAUUAUCAGGCGGGGGGUGGCACCAUGCUGUGUGGACCGAGUUGUUUAAGCAGAUAGUUUAUAUAGCCUACUUUGUUGUUUCUGUCCUCCUGUGAAUGCCUUAGACACAUUUUGGGUCUUAUUUGCUUACCAUAUCUACUUAUUUGCCUUCCCCAUAGAUUUGCAGAUUACGGUAGCCUCCUGGAGAUCCGAAACGUGGAAUUCUUUGCAGAUGGCCGCUCCAUUGUGGACACCAUUGGGAUAAGAAGGUUCAAGGUCAUUGAGCACAACCAGAGAGAUGGAUACAACACAGCAAACAUUGAAUACUUGGAAGACGUUAAGGUCAUUAUUAAUCACAAACUAAAGGAUUGCAUGAAUGUUGUCUGAACAAUUUUUUAUGUGUAUUAGUGUAUCUCGUUGUGCUAAUAAAGGCUUUUCUUGUUCUGUAUAGGUGGAAGUUGUGGCAGAGAAGGAGCUUCAGAGUCUCCAUGAUGCAGUGUACGACCAGGCCUUAAUCUGGGUCAACUCCCUCGAAGCAGAACAGAAGGAGAGGAUUGUGGUGCACUUUGGGCGCAUGCCAGAGAAAGACUCUGAGCCACAGGUAAAUAAGUGAAUCCUGGAUAUACAGUGCAUUCGGAAAGUAUUCAGACCCCUUGACUUUUUGCACAUUUUAUUACGUUACAGCCUUAUUCUAAAAUUGAUUAAAUACUUUUUUCCCUCAUCAAUCUACACACAAUACCCCAUAAUGACAAAGCGAAAACAGGUUUUUAGAAAUGUUUACACAUUUAUUAAAAAUAAAAACAGAAAUACCUUAUUUACAUAAUUAUUCAGACCAUUUGCUUGAGAUGAUCUGCACAGAAGAAUGAGAGACACUCCCCAAAUAUGUGCCAAGCUUGUAGCAUCAUACCCAAGACUCGAGUCUGUAAUCGUUGCCAAAGGUGCUUCAACAAAGUAUUGAGUGAAGGGUCUGAAUACUUAUGUAAAUGUCAUAUUUCUGUUUUUUUAAUGAAUUUGCAAAAAUGUCUAAAAACCUGUUUUUGCUUUGUCAUUAUGGGGUAUUGUGUGUAGAUUGAUGAGAAAAAAACACACAAUUUAAUCAAUUUUAGAAUAAGGCUGUAACCUAACAAAAUGUGGAGGGGGGCUGAAUACUUUCCAAAUGCACUGUAGAUCACACAUAUGUUAACUCUAUUUUGAUUUGACACAGUUUAUGUUGAACAGGUUAUGGCUGGAUUCUUAAGGUUAUUCUCCUGCUCUCUCCCCCUAUAGGCCAGUCCCAAUGGGCCGUCCUGGUGCUGGUGGCUGCUGGCAGUCCUGCCCCUGGCGGGUCGAGCCCAGCUGCCCUUCCUGGCCCUGACGUCUCUGAAGGACCGACUCAGUGGUAUCCGCAGAGUACUCCUCUUCAUGUCCCGCAACCGCUCUUCUCGGUGA